CACAAGUCCCACCCCCACAGGUUUCAUUUCAGGAAGCGAAGAGCAAACUCGCCGCUUAUGGCCCACAAUGCUUUUUUCAAGGCUUGUUAAAGCGUCUCAAAACACUUGACGUUAUCUAUGGAGUGCACAAAGCACCAAAACUAGUUGUCUUCGGUUUUAGACAUCCAAUUAUGGACUGGAUAGUGAGCAGACGGGCCCUGGUGUGGUGCAUUUGGCUUUACCUCGCCGCCAUACCACAAAAGGGGUUUUGCAGCGCCACCACAGUGUCUCUCCCGGAAAACCUGCUCUUUGUGUCCACCCUGGAUGGGAACCUGCAUGCCGUGAGCAAGAAAUCUGGUUCAAUCAAAUGGACUCUGAAAGAAGAUCCAGUUCUUCAAGUCCCUACGCAUGUUGCAGAGCCAGCCUUUCUGCCCGACCCCAACGAUGGCAGCCUGUAUUCUCUGGGUGGAAAGAACAACAAAGGCCUCACAAAAUUACCGUUUACUAUUCCGGAGUUGGUCCAAGCGUCUCCGUGCCGCAGCUCGGACGGAAUCCUUUACAUGGGUAAAAAGCAGGAUCUUUGGCAUGUGGUGGACCUCUUGACCGGCGAGAAGCAGCAGACACUGACAUCGUCCUUUGUUGACAUGCUGUGUCCUUCUUCAUCUCUGCUCUAUCUGGGCCGCACAGAAUAUACCAUCACGAUGUAUGACACCAAAAGUCGCGAGUUGCGCUGGAAUGCCACUUAUUCCGACUACGCCUCCACCCUUCCUGAUGAUGACACCAAAUACAAGGUGGCCCAUUUUGUGUCCAACGGCGACGGCUUGGUGGUGACAGUAGACAGCGAAUCUGGCGACGUCCAGUGGGUGCAGAAUUAUAACUCGCCGGUGGUGGCCAUGUACAUCUGGCAGCGCGAGGGCCUCCGCAAGAUUCCUCACACUAACGUGGCUGUGGAAACUUUGCGCUACCUCACCUUCAUGUCUGGGGAGGUGGGCCGAAUCACCCGGUGGAAGUACCCCUUCCCAAAAGAGAAGAAGCCUGAUAACAAGUUAAUGGACACUUUGUAUGUGGGUAAAUACUCCACCAGCUUGUAUGCCUCUCCCUCCCUGGUGCAUGACGGAGUCACUGUGGUGCCUCGAGGCAGCACCUUUCCCAUGCUGGAGGGUCCAGACAGCCAGGAGACAGACGAGGACAAAGAGUGCGUUAUCACACCGAGUACCAGCGUCAAGUUCAAUGCUGCUCUUCGCGAGAGACACCGCAUCAACUUUAUGCGCAACUACCUACUGCUCAUUGGCCACCACGAGACACCCCCUGAAGCUCACAAUAAGAUCCUGGAAAAGUUCCCUGACAACUUUCCUCGCAAUCAAGGCAACGUUAUUCCCCCUACCAACAAGAAGAAAGGAGACGAGAAGGUGAACAAUGUUGUGAUAGAUGACGCCCCACCUUCUACUCCCGUGCCCGACACAUCAAUCCAAGAGCCCGGGAUCAGUGGUCGUACUGUCCGUCCUGAGGCCUCUGUGGACUCCAUGCUGAAAGACAUGGCCACCAUCAUCUUCUCCACUUUCCUACUGGCUGGCUGGGUGGCCUUUGUGAUCACUUACCCCAAGAGUGUCCACAAGCAGCAGCAGCUUCAGCACCAGGAGUUCCAGAGACAGAUGGAGGAGAGGUUGGAUAUGCUACAGAGGCAGCAGCCUUUCCCCGCCGCUGACAUGGGGCUUGCUUUGGCCCCAGACGGCGACUACCUGGAAGUGGCCCAACCUCGAUCUGAAUGCUCGGACCACAGCAGUCCAAAUGUCACCCCGCGUGCAUCAAACCACUCCAAUCUGUCCGUUUCUGAGCUGGGCAGCUCCGCCAAUGAGCAUGAGGACGGAGAGGAUGACUCCAGCAUUGUCAGAGUGGGCAACAUAACAUUCCAUCCCAAACAAGUGUUGGGUCACGGUGCUGAAGGCACCAUCGUGUACAAGGGUCAGUUUGACAACCGCCCAGUGGCAGUGAAAAGAAUUCUUCCAGAGUGUUUCAGCUUUGCAGAUCGAGAAGUUCAGCUCCUGAGGGAGUCGGACGAGCACCCGAAUGUCAUUCGAUACUUCUGUACCGAGAGGGACCGUCAGUUCCAGUACAUCGCCAUCGAGCUGUGUGCUGCUUCACUUCAAGAGUAUGUAGAGAUGAAGGAUUUUGACCGUCACGGAUUAGAGCCUGUUAUGCUGCUGCAGCAAACCAUGUCAGGACUGGCUCAUCUGCACUCCCUCAACAUCGUCCACAGAGACCUGAAACCCCACAACAUCCUGGUGUCCAUGCCCAACGCCCACGGCCGAGUACGGGCUAUGAUCUCUGACUUUGGCCUGUGCAAGAAGUUAGCAGUGGGUCGCCAUAGUUUCAGUAGACGGUCCGGUGUGCCGGGGACAGAGGGCUGGAUCGCCCCUGAAGUACUCAGUGAGGACUGCAAAGACAACCCAACCUGUGCUGUAGAUAUCUUUUCCGCCGGGUGUGUUUUUUACUACGUGGUGUCCCAAGGUAGCCACCCUUUUGGCAAAUCCCUGCAGCGACAAGCCAACAUACUGCUAGGAACAUACAGCCUGGACCAUCUGCAGACCGACAAACACAGUGACAUCAUAGCCAGAGAGCUAACAGAGCAGAUGAUGAGCAUGGAGCCUCACCGGAGGCCUUCAGCAGAGUGUGUUCUCAAACACCCUUUUUUCUGGAGCUUGGAGAAGGAACUGCAGUUCUUCCAGGAUGUGAGUGACAGAAUAGAGAAGGAACCGCCAGAUGGACCAAUCGUGAGACAGCUAGAGCGAGGAGGCCGGGCUGUAGUCAAGGGUGACUGGAGAGAGCAUAUCACAGUCCCACUGCAAACAGAUCUGAGAAAGUUCCGUUCCUACAAAGGUGGCUCAGUCAGAGACCUCCUUCGUGCAAUGAGAAACAAGAAACAUCAUUACCGGGAGUUGCCUGCAGAAGUCCAGGAGACUCUAGGCUCCAUCCCAGACGACUUUGUCUCCUACUUCACAUCCCGUUUCCCCCACCUGCUCAUGCACACAUACCUUGCCAUGCGGACCUGCGCGUCUGAGAGGCCUUUCCUGCCUUACUAUUCCAAAAAGGCCAAACUGGAGGCGCCACAAACACAAACUGAACUAAAAACAAACACGACACAUCACCAAGAGUCCACGCAGACGUCACAACAAAUGCAGGAGGGUCAAAGCUCAGGUGAAUGUGAAGCCUCUUCAUCAUUACCGCACAGCCCUUCUUCUUCUUCUUCUCCUCAUUCGCCAGUUGAGACCCAGUCAGACCUGCAGUGUCACACACUGGCCUCAGAACCCCAAAUACAUGAUCUCAGGCAAACUGGGUCCAUUCAGCCAGACAUUUUGGUCGAUGGAGCAGUGUGAUUACUUGAAGAACUUGUGGGACCAGUUGCUGCUUGUGUGCUGGUGAGGACCAGGCCUGCAGUGCCUGGGAUGCACUCGCCCAGAGCAUCUGCUGUGUCCUAAAUGAAGUGCCUUCUGAGUUAAAUGCACAGAACCGUCCACAAGUCUGACAACCAAAGGGGGUUGUUGGUGGGCUUUGUGUUGUAGCUGAACUGGAGGGAGUGGGUGGAGUCCAAAAAUGAUCUGGGCUUCUAUUGUCUGUAUUGUGUAACAUGGGUAGUUUUAUUGUGCAAUGUGUUUUUUCAGUGAGUUUGUUCACUGCACAAAUACUGUAUGAAUAUUUUUUACAGACCGAUUCAGAUGUGGCAAAUGUGCCUUUUUUUAAAAUUAAAUAACAAAUGAAAGAACUCACAGCUCUAAUUGAGUAUGCUAAAUCUGCUUGUUACUGCUGCUAAGUGCUUCUCUUUGUCAAUCUCGACUUGUGUGCAAACAGUAUGUGCUACAAGUGGACUGUCUCCUGAACCUUUUUUUCAGGUUAUGAACACUGCAGAUCGUUUUAUCGUUAUGUGAUUACCUUUUUUUUCCCCAAUAUGACUUGAGAGGUUAGUCUGUAGCGUGCCCAUGCGUGUCAAAGUGAAGUGAAUGACUUGCACAUUAAAUUCUAUUUUGUUUUAUA